AUGACUACUCAUGAACGUUUGAUCAAUUACGUGUUUCAAGUUGGCCAAAAGUUUAACUGUGGAUAUUCAAUUUUAACCUUAUUACCAUUUGUUAUAUUUGUUGAAAUACUUACUUUGGUAUUAGUGUGGAGUGGUGUUCAUUGUUGGUCAUAUGGAUUAAUACGUUUCCUUAAUAAAUACACCAUCGUUUUCCUUACAAUGGUCAACGAUAGUUUGAAAUCUAACUAUAAAAUGGACCAUACCACGAUAUUAACAUUAGAAAGUAUUUGUAAACUGGCUGUUUGUUAUUCUGUAGUAUACUUUAUACGUGAUUUAUACAUAAAAUGUCUAAGUAACCAUCAAUACCAACACCACCAACAAAUGCUAUCAAGAAUUCACCGAUUUAAUAACCGGCCAACAUAUGUCUAUCAACCAGAGAGAGAACCCAGUUUAGGAGAAUUAGGACAUAAUGGUAUUAUGUUAAUGUAUGAUAAUGAUACAACUCUAAGACCUGAAAAUCAUUCAUUAAGAGAAAAUGCCAAUACAUCUCAAAUUAGACACACCCAAAGUUGUCUAUUGCCCCGAAAAAUAGGAUCAAUUUUAACAGUUAAAAAACGCAAUUCUUUAUAAAAUUUGAGCUCUAUAAUCUAAAUUACCUAACAAAAAGACAAAAAAAAAUGUUUGCAUCAAAAUCCACCUUACAUAAGAAAUUAAAAGGAGAAAUACAAUUUACUUCUUUAUAAUGCAUUGAAUUAAUAAAAUAAUA